AUGAGCGUGGAAAGAGACGCGCCCGAAUGUGAACCAGCCACGGGGACCGGCGGAGACAUGCAGGCCGUGGUCUGUAGUGGCUACCUGACGCAGGACCUGCUGCUCGCGCGAGGACACGCCUACACCGAGUACAGCUACGGAGACGAGGACAGUCUGACGACCGACGAGAAGAUCACUGUCGACGAUAAGGAGGACGAACUGGUCGUAGACGAUGAGGAGGGGAGAGGCGACGUGGAGGACGGGGGGACCGAGGGGGGGGAGACCUCCUGGCACCCGCACGUGUACGGGAAACCACCCAAGAAACCCACGCCACACACCAUAGAAUAUAUAUUAGGAUUAACGAGGAGCAAUGAAGCGAGGGAGGAGAAGAGGUCCGCGGUGAGUCAGCUCAUCAACGUCAAGAGGAACUUCGACAAGAAGACGUUCAGUCAGGAGAAGGGGGUGCAGGUACAGGAGGGGGGGGAGAGGAAGAUGAGCGUCCACAAGAACAGGCUGCAGGAACAGCUGCUGCAGAGAGGGGCGAGGGGAGGGGAGGGAGGGUACGACAAACACGGGAAGACAGACGAGCCUCUCAACCUGUCCGUCAACAAGGCCAAGGAGUCACCCACGUGGACCGGCGACGACGAGGACAAAUACGGCAGAGGUCUGUACUAG